GAGUAAUUAGUAAGAACGUCUUUUACACCAUACCGCGUGCUUACCUCAUGAGUGAUUUCUCUUUGUUUGCUAUAAUAUUUGAUAUCCUUUCGAGUUUGUUUAAAACCAUUUCAAUUACUUCACGGCUAUAGGUGUAUAGCACAUCUUCAUCAUAAAUUUGAAUAUUAGACUCUCAAUCAGAGAGUUUGUGCAUUGGGUCUUAUGAAACCUACCAUUUAUUUUGAUGGCUUCCAUUUUUCUGGGAUAGUAUUUUAUUUUACGAAUGUUUGCACAGUUUAAGAACCGAUUUAACUAUCGAGUAUUAGUAAAUCCACUUAGUCCAGACAUUUACACCAAUUGGAUUGCAAACGGGAUUACCGCCAUAUCGUCUAUUCCUAAAGAAAACAUCGAUGUACUGGUCUUAGCUUCGGCUUGGCAUCGAACGAAUGAGAAAUUUGUUACACAUUUACCGGCUCUGAAUAGAGGAGCAAUUGUUCUGUUUGUUGACCAGCCGUUUCCCGUUAUUGAACAAGCUCAGCGAAAUCUUUUGGGCAGUAAGUUUUACGGAAAGGUAAAUCUGUGCGAGUUUUCGCGCUCAAAUAGUAUGUUCCGGACACGAACAGGCGAUAGUCUAUUCACGUUUACUCCGACCUCUUAUUUGCGAAGGCCUGUCACAGAAAGGAAUAAUGGUAUCACGGUUCCAAGUCGUCCUGCUAUGGCUUUCUUUGAAGCGGUACUCAAAACAAAAUUCUUAGCCGUGAACAUAAUUUCCCAUGAUGCUUUUCUUUUAAACAACUUAACUAACAUUUGUGUUUAUCCAGCAAUGUUAGCUACAUCUGUUGUCUUUCAAGAUUUGCCUACUAUUGCAACAUCUGAAGCGCCACCUAAAUAUAUGGUUCUGCAAUUACUAAAGGAAUUUGCUUCGGCCAUCAACAGUAUUCCCAUUCAAAAUUGCUUUUUGCAGCAACAACUUUCAUUCGAAAAAAUGAAGAGACGUACCUUCAGCCUUUUGCAAACGUAUUCGGCCUUCUUAAAGGAUUAUAAAAACCCUUUUAAUCGCUCCAGCUUUCUUACUAGUUUAAUAUUCCUGUACAAUUACCUACUAACAAUGGGAAACGCAUCUGGGCUUGAAAUGGAAAUAACAAAUUUAGUAUACACUCGCUUAAAAGGUUUAUUGAAUGCAGAUGUACUAGAUGAUGUUUUGGUUAAUGAAGAUAUGCUAACUAAACGGGAAUGAUUCAUGACAGUUGCUGCAUUAAGAUGCUUCGAAAGCCGAAGUGAUAAAUGUAUUAAGGUCUGUUUUUCCGAAUUUAAUGUACUGUAUGAUUGUUA